AUGACGCAGGCCAAGGAGCUCGGGGCGGAGUCGCAUCGGCGCGAAGAAGGCCGCGGUCUACUGGCGGGCGUCGACGACGACGCGGUGUUGCAGUCGUCCGGCCAGCUUGACGGCGACGAAAACGGCCGGCCAAAGACGCAACGAGUGCAGUUCGACCUCACCCCGGAGGUCAUUAGUCCUGGCAAUGCAUCUUUCAGUCGGACCAACAGCCAUAGCCUCGACCUCGAGGAUGUCGACGGCCAGGUCCAGCGGUCGCACCGCGUGCCGCUGCUGACGGACAUGGAGGCGCCCAGCGUGGCCGUCGCCAAUGCUUGGGGAGACGGCGACGGCGACGCGGCCGACGAGCUGCACGCCGAGAUGCGUCGGCCAAAGUCGGGCCUCCAGUCGGCCUUUAUGAACAUGGCCAACUCCAUCAUUGGCGCGGGCAUCAUCGGCCAGCCCUACGCCAUCCGCCAGGCCGGCCUGCUGUCGGGCAUCGUGCUGCUCGUUGGGCUAACGGCCGUGGUGGACUGGACCAUCUGCCUCAUCGUCAUCAACAGCAAGCUGAGCGGGACGAGCAGCUUCCAGGGCACCGUCGAGCACUGCUUCGGGCGGCCGGGCCUAAUCGCCAUCAGCGUCGCGCAGUGGGUGUUUGCCUUUGGCGGCAUGGUCGCCUUUGGAGUCAUUGUGGGCGACACCAUCCCGCACGUGCUGGCGGCCAUCUGGCCCGAACUCGGCUCGGUGCCCGUCCUGGGCCUGUUGACGGACAGGAGGGUGGCCAUUGCCGUCUUUGUCCUGGGCGUGAGCUACCCCUUGACGCUCUACCGAGACAUCGCAAAGCUGGCCAAGGCGAGCACGCUUGCGCUCAUCGGCAUGAUUGUCAUCAUCACUACGGUGCUCACGCAGGCCUUUCUGGUGCCGUCCGAGGCCCGAGGAUCCUUUAGCACUCCUCUGCUGACGGUCAACGGAGGCAUCUUUCAAGCCAUUGGCGUUAUAUCAUUCGCGUUUGUCUGCCACCACAAUUCGCUGCUCAUCUACGGCUCCCUGCGGACGCCCACGAUUGACAACUUUUCGCGGGUGACUCACUACUCGACGAGCGUGUCCAUGUGUGCGUGUUUGGUCAUGGCGCUGGGCGGGUUCCUGACGUUUGGCGACAAGACGCUGGGCAACGUGCUCAACAACUUUCCCUCGGACAACACCAUGGUCAACGUGGCGCGGCUGUUUUUCGGCCUCAACAUGCUGACGACACUGCCGCUCGAGGCGUUUGUGUGCCGCGAGGUGAUGCUGACGUACUGGUACCCGGACGAAGGCUUCAACAUGCGGCGCCACCUCGUCCUGAGCACGGGGCUCGUGGUCGGGGCCACGGCCAUAAGCCUCCUGACGUGCGAUCUCGGCGUCGUGUUCGAGCUUGUGGGCGCAACGAGCGCGGUCGCCAUGGCAUACAUCCUGCCGCCCAUGUGCUACAUCAAGUUGACGAGAACGAGCUGGCGGACAUACCUUGCGUACGCGGUAGUCGUGUUUGGAAUUGCCGUCAUGAUCAUCAGCGUGAUUCAGGCGGUGGGCAAGAUGAUUCACGGAUCCGAUGGACCGGCGGCUUGCACGUGA